UGUAUUCACAAUGUUAAUAAGGACAGAAGUUAUCAUGCGUCAUCUUUACUGUUAUUACGUCACUGAUGUCAUAUAUCUCUAUCGUGGGGUGGUAUAAUAUCAUACAGGACGCACAGCCAUGAGGCCACUCUUACUUGAACCCGCUCGGUCGUGACACAAUUUCCUAGUUUCGGUUUGAAGUCAGUCGAUCAAGGCUGCAGUCGUGUCGUGUAUAUCUAAGGCUGAAGAAGAAGACGGAAUGGCAGAAGCCCGUCCACCGCCCAUUGAGAAAACAUUUAAGAUGGCCAACAAGAUUGAGGUGGUCACUUACGUCGGGGACAUCACGAUGUUGUCUAGCGAGACUGGCGUGACUGGCGUUGUGACAGGGGAGGGGCAAGAGUUUCAACACGAGAGUUAUGUUACAAAGGCUCUGAAAGAAUAUUCGAAUGAAUUUGCUGAAAAAAGAGAAGAACUGAAGAUGAGGGCAAGAUAUUUUAAAUCUUGGUCAGUUCACACAACGAAACUAUCCGCAUCAUCGCCAUUCAGUUAUGUCUUUCAUGCUGUCAUCAAAAAUCCGGACCAUACCAACAGAUGGGUGAAGAAGACAGGAAAAUUAUACAAGAAAAUAAUGAAGAAAGCAGAGAAGUAUGACGUGAAGGUGUUGGCCAUUCCCCUUCUUGGUACAGGUCGAGGUGGUGCAAAGAAGGAAGACGCUGCCCAGGCCGCAGUUGGAGCCGUGGCUAAGUUUGAGAAUCCGUAUCUGGAGAAGGUGUUCUUGGUAACAAAGGACACAUCCGUCGCCGAAGUAAUCGAUUCCCAGUGUGAAUAUGAAAGAAGCCCGCUGAGUCGUGAGAAAACUUUAAAGCGUCGAAAAUCAUUUAUGAAGAGGUUGGGCUGUGCAGGUUCCAGAACGGACGACGGUGACAGUGGUAGCUAUAGAAAGGCACCUGUGGACAACCGUUCACGUAGACACCAGAAUGCAGACCAGUACCAAAGUGUUUACAAAGAGAAGUACACACCCAUUUCUGAUAGUAGGCGAGAUGAAACCAAUAUACAAAGGAAUCAAUAUACACGAUCGAUGGACACGAGCGAGAACCGCCACAGACACUGGCCAGAUAACGAGGAUGACAACAGCUAUAGAAAUGCACCAACGAACGAACGUUCAGGAUCUGGCCGUAACCACAGACGUCCGGCCGAGAGGUACACACACAAUGCUAAUGGACAUGGCGAUGGGGAGAGGGCUGAAGCAACGGCAGCGGUACAAAAAGAAGAUAACUCAGUUGAUACUCGAGAAGCAGUGCAAAGACCUGUUGCUGGACCCUCUGAUGACGAUGGAAGACGAGAAGGGAGCCUGCAGGCAAAGGUGGCAGGGGAGAUGUACAGAGAUCAUGAAAGAUCUGAGGGGCGCAAAGAGGUAAGGGGAGGCAACUCUGAUUACAAGAACAUGAAAGACAAGACCACGUAUUCUUCACCAGGUCGACAAAACAAUGGCGAUACAGUGGGAGAGUCCAGACACAGGACGUCGGACGUCGCUGAAGUACAUUCCAGUUACAUGCCAUCCCAAACUGUGCCAAGUGAAUCCAGGUCGGAUCCUGUAACAUCUCUCGCCAUGGUACAGCGGAACAACUCCACAACCCACCGCAACACCACACAUGACAGCCAUCAGUUUAGUUCUGAGGGAAAUCGAAAGGAUAGACAGGGCGAUGAUGGUAGGCGGCAACAACCGAGGCAGCAAACCAAGACCACCACGGUGACAGGUGUGGCCGGGCAGACACGUUCUGAUGAAAGAGAAAGUCAUAGUAGAAGGGUCAACCAUGGCUCAGCCUAUCCAGUGAUCAAUCUUGACGCUGUCGGUGGACGGCCAGGGGAAGUAAACUAUGCUUCAAGGACUUGCAGGGAAAGAGGCAUGGACAACUCUACUAGGCAAGAAAUGGCGAUAAAGACUGAAAUCAAUGGGACUUGCAAUGGGGAUAAUGAUGGUACAAUCACGCAGCUUGUUAAUGGAUCGCCUGGAAAUAACAAAAACGAAAGUAAUCAUGAUGUAAAGUUUCUUGAUAUGAGUGUGACCAGAAACUGUCCUAUUUGUAUUUGUCCAAUCUCAGAUCCAAAAUGGUUGGAUAAAUGCGGCCAUGUGUUCUGUAGGGAGUGCAUAGAUAACAGUUUCAAGAAGUUCAAAACUGUGUGCCCCAGCUGUAACAUGGUGUAUGGCGUCCUGACGGGGAACCAGCCGGAGGGGACCAUGGAUGUGGCCUUUAGUGGGGAGCACCUGCCUGGCUAUGAGACCUGCGGAACCAUCAGCAUCACAUACGAUCUGCCUAGCGGCAUACAAGGAGCAGAUCAUCCGAAUCCAGGACAGCCCUACAAGGGAACAAAGAGACGAGCGUUCCUGCCAGACUGCCGAGAAGGAAGAGACGUUCUCCGUCUCCUGAGGAAGGCUUUUGACAGGAAGUUAACAUUUACCGUCGGUCGGUCUUCUACUACCGGUCAGGAAAAUGUCGUAACAUGGAACGACAUCCACCAUAAGACGAAAAUGGAUGGUGGACCUACCAGAUUCGGCUACCCCGACCCGGACUAUCUGGGGCGGGUCAAGUGUGAGCUGGCUAGCAAGGGAGUGACGGACAGCAAAGAGACGACGUUUUAGCGGAUUUUGUUGUCUCUGAAUGGCAGACCGUCAGAUGUCCACAGGAACACAGGCCAUCACAGACUACAGCCAAACGCAUUGGGACUCUUGUUUUACUUUCCAAGUAAUCCACGCAUGAGUCAGAUUUAAAACCCUGAAACUUACAGAAUGAUGGCGAUCAGCAGUACUUGAGAAGGUGACACAGACUGACUCAUUGGACAUAAAUAAUCCAGAUUUCAAAGUAACUAAUGGUUCAGUUACAAAUUGUUUAUUUAUCAGCUAGGAUUCGUGGUUGCAAUGUACCCUGUGCUUGUAGUAUGAGGCAAACAAUAUCGUUGGUCACGCUUGGCUGUUUAAUGAUUAUGUGCUAUCUUACCCAUUCUGCGUCGGGCUUUAUUCAUAACAUCAACCACGUGUUUGUCUAAUCCAGAUCCGAUACAUGUUACUGCACGAGGAGCGGCCUCAACAAACAAAACAAAUGAUACGUCAGUUACGGAAACUUAUGAAUACAAACAUCUUCUGCUACUAAGGAGUCUUUUGGAGGUCGCACUGCGUGCGUCAUAGACGGUGUUGACUGUAGACUAAGGCAGUGCAGAGAGCACAGACGGACACGCAAUGCUAUUCCGUUGUUGUGAGGCGUUAUAUACUCCGUGCCAUUAUUGAAGGGUCAUGUGUCUUUUGCAUUGAUAGGAAUCAAUUCCAUAUUAUGAAUAUAUCGGUAAUGAGAAGUCAAUAUUGUUUAAAACCCAGUUGACAUAAGGCACCAUAGAACAUUAGGCUACGCACAUGUCUCAAUGAUUGAGAAUUUAAAUAUAUACAGUGUUUCAAAAACAUGAACAUUUUGAUUAUGUUUGGUUUCCGUGAACACUGUCAAUAUCUGUAUCGCGGAAACGCGGCAUUGUGUCUUGCAUUGCACGAGAAAGUGCGAUUUCCCAUACACAGGUUUAGGUUAUAAACGUCAACUGUAGUCUCACCCUGACAUCAUGGUUUCUGAUACGAAAUAAGAUGUUUCCUGACGGUAGCGGAGAGGGGUCAAGCAAAUGGUCUCGUGCAAGCUGGUCAACGACAAGCUGCAAAUCACUUCAAUGUGAGUAAAAGUGUCAUUUGGAGACUGUUGCAAAGGUUUCAAGCCACGGGAUCGAUGGAAUAUGCGAGAAGACCAGGUCGACCUAGAGUUACCACUGCAAGGCAAGAUAGGCACUUGGUUAACGUCGCUUUACGUAACCGAUUCCUGACCGCCGGCGACCUUCGGAUUGAACAUUACAAUGUUCAUGGUGUCAGGAUAAGCAGGAACUCAAUACGACGCCGAUUACGUGCCAAUGGGCUCCUUUCAAGGCGACCAGCAGUCCGUCCACAAAAUUCUGCAACGUCACAGACAUGCACGUUUCGCCUGGAGUAAGACCAGGUCGACAAUAUUCUGCAGAAGAACUGAACGGUUCACUGAUGCUACAGUUGUCACACACAAUAGGUUUGGUGGCGGGUCAGUCAUGGUUUGGGCCGGUAUCAUGGCUACAGGAAGAAUCCAGCUGCACAUUAUUGAUGGAAGUGUGACUGGUCUGUGGUAUCGAGAUGAAAUCUUGACCCCCAUUGGACGGUAAUGCCAGAUCUCACAGAGCCAGGAUAGUCACUGAUUAUCUUCAGCAACAGGGUGUGGAACGGAUGGACUGGCCGGCAUGCUCACCAGACCUGAAUCCAAUCGAGCAUGCAUGGGAUGAACUUGGCAGACGUGUUUACAGACGUCACCCUGCUCCGCAAGAAUGGGAGGCUAUUCCACAGGCAUUCUUCGUGAACUUGAUCAAAAGCAUGGCGUCUCGGUGUAACUCUGCCCAGGACCAGAGAGGCGGCUACACAAAGUACUGAUUGGUCCUGGACUCGGUUGUUGUGACUUUCCGGUUUUGGGGCAUCCCUUUGUUUGAUGUCCGUGUAGAUACAGCCCUGGGGCUCCUUUCACGAAGCAACCUUUACUAAGAUUAACCUUAACUCCCAUUCUUUAACAUUGCACUAAGGUGUAAGUCACAAAGGUAACUUUAAUGCAAUGUUAAAGAAUGGGAGUUAAGGUCCUUCGUGAAAUGAGCCCCUGAUCCUUUUCUCACAGCUUAGCACUGAACACUCUUCUCAGUUAAUAAACUAUCUCUUCUUUCUGUUAUCUUGUCACAACAAACUUUAUUUUGCAUUAUAUAAAAUUAUUCCAGCGUGACCCUUCAAUAGUGGCACGGAGUAUAUAUAUUUAUUAUGCUUUAUAUCCUUUGCACAUUCCUUUUUAAUGUAUCCCAUCUAUUGUAAUUACGAAUUACGAAUUUUGAAUAUUACGUUGUGAGUUAUAACUUAAGUUGCGGUUUAUUGAUAUUAAUCGUCACGCAGAAUUAAUCGUCACGUCACAUGCAACAAAACACUUCAACCUAGUGUUACAAGAUACGUCACCCUAGUGUUACAAGAUACGUCACCCUAGUGUUAUGCGCCAUCCUAGUGUUACAAGAUACGUCACCCUAGUGUUACAAGAUACGUCACCCUAGUGUUAUUCGUCACCGUAGUGUUACAAGAUACGUCACCCUAGUGUUACAAGAUACUUCACCCUAGUGUUACAAGAUACUUCACCCUAAUGUUACAAGAUACAUCACCCUAGUGUUACAAGAUACGUCACCCUAGUGUUACAAGAUACAUCACCCUAGUGUUGCAAGAUGCGUCACCGUAGUGUUACAAGAUACGUCACCCUAAUGUUAUAAGAUAUUUCACCCUAGUGUUACAAGAUGCGUCACCCCAGUGUUAUACCUGAACCUAGUGUUACAAGAUACGUCGCGUUAGUGUUACAAGAUACGUCACCCUAGUGUUACAAGAUACGUCACCCUAGUGUUACAAGAUACGUCACCCUAGUGUUACAAGAUACAUCACCCAAGUGUUACAAGAUACGUCACCCUAGUGUUUCAAGAUCCAUCACCCAAGUGUUUGCAAGAUGCGUCACCCCAGUUUUUCAAGAUCCGUCACCCUAAUCUUAUAAGAUAUGUCACCCUAGUGUUACAAGAUGCGUCACCCCAGUGUUAUACCUGAAUCUAGUGUUACAAGAUACGUCACCCUAGUGUUACAAGAUACGUCACGUUAGUGUUACAUGAUGCGUCACCCUAGUGUUACAAGAUACGUCACCCUAGUGUAACAAGAUAGGUCACGUUAGUGUUAUACACCACCCUAGUGCUACAAGAUACGUCACACUAGUGUUACAACAUACGUCACCCUAGUAUUUGAAGAUACGUCACCCUAGUGUUACAAGAUGCGUCACCCUAGUGUUACAAGAUGCGUCACCAUAGUGUUAUACGUCACCCUAGUGUUACUAGAUACGUCACCCUAGUGUUACAAGAUAUGUCAACCUAAUGUUACAAGAUACGUCAUCCUAGUGUUACAAUAUACGUCACCCUAGUGUAAUUAGAUACGUCACCCUAGUGUUACAAGAUACGUCAAUCUAGUGUUACAAGAUACGUCAACCUAGUGUUACAAGAUUCGUCACCCUAGUAUUACAAUAUACGUCACCCUAGUGUUACAAGAUACGUCAACCUAGUGUUACAAGAUUCGUCACCCUAGUAUUACAAUAUACGUCACCCUAGUGUUACAAGAUACGUCAACCUAGUGUUACAAGUCCUGUAGAUGUUAUGAGAUAAACGUUAUGAGAUAAGUAAUUAUAACAGUUGCAUGAUCCUUCCAAUAAAGUAAUUCAUAAUGUUUAUUAAACAAUCACAAAUAUUUAAAUAUUCUACGUGAUUCAUUUUCGUCACUACAAUGCCUUGAUUAAAAGCAUUUUUUGGUCA